AAACUCGCAGCAGAAGGAUGAUUGGAUGCCUUGCAAUUGGACCUCUGUCAAUCGCAAUGAGAUUGACAGAGCAAAAUCUUUUCAAAUCUAGUCGGGGCAGAUUUUUGACUCGGGUAUAAAAUAAAAAUUUCCGCCCGUACGUUAUCAGACUGCACAGGCGGCGGCGUAGAGACAUCAUUUUUUGACGCGAGGAUGCUGAUAAACAUAGAAACGGAGAAAAUUGAGGUUUAACAUCAUUUGUUUGGGUCAAAAUAAGAAAAAUGCACGUCAGCUGAACCUUUUUUUUUUUUUUUAAACACUAAGCUGAGUUUUAGUUUGCAACAUCACUGAGGCCUGCGGAUGGAGCGAGCCCAGGACGCCAUCGCCGUGGUGGGCAUCGGCUGCAACUUCCCAGGCGGCGAAGGUCUGGAAAACUUCUGGAAGGUUCUGGUGAGCGGCCGCAAUUGUUCGGUGUCCAUUCCCAAUGAGCGGUUCGACUCGUCAGCCUGGUAUGACCCCGACGACAACAAGGCGGGCAAAUCCCGCACGGCCCAGGCCGCCCUCAUUGACGGUUUCAACCACUUUGACCACAAGUUCUUUGGCAUCAGCGACAGCGAGGUGGAACAAAUGGACCCUCAGCAGAAGCAGCUCCUUCAAUGCGUCUACAGAGCUCUGGAAAACGCCGGGAUUCCCAUGGAAAAAGCCAGCGGGACCAGAACCGGAGUCUAUUUUGGCCUCAUGAACCGAGAUUACGAGACCAACGCGGCUCACGUACCCCCCGGUAUCAUCAACCACUGGACGGGGGCGGGUCUGGCCAUGAGCAUCGCCGCCAACAGAGUCUCCUAUAUUUUCAACUUUACCGGGCCGUCCUUCGCCCUGGACUGCGCCUGCUCCUCUUCCCUGGUGGCCCUCCAUCAGGCCUGCCAGGCCAUCCGAUAUGGCGACUGUGAAAUGGCGGUGUGCGGCGGUGUCAACUGCAUCAUCGAGCCAAGGGUGUUCGUAGCCCUCAGCAAGGCCAAGAUGAUCUCCCCGGACGGGACCAGCAAGCCUUUUUCCAACAAAGCCAACGGUUACGGCAGAGGGGAAGGAUGCGGCGUGGUUAUUCUCAAGCCUUUGACCAAGGCCUUACGGGACCAUGAUCACAUCUGGGGCAUCGUCAGCAAAACCGCCGUCAACCAAGACGGACGUUCCGUCACUCCGAUCACCAAACCAUCCGUGACGCAGCAAGAAGAGCUUCUGCGGAUGGUGUACUCUGAGCGCGACCUCGCCAGUGUGCAGUACGUGGAAGCUCACGGCACCGGAACGCCGGUCGGAGACCCGACGGAAGCAGCCAGCCUCUCCAACGUCAUCGCCAAAGCGCGAGCCGAGACUCUGCGGAUCGGAUCGGUGAAAAGCAACAUCGGACACACGGAAUCUGCCGCCGGGGUGGCAGGACUCAUCAAGGUGCUCCUCAUGAUGAAGCACGAGACUUUCGUUCCUUCCGUUUUCUUCUCGGAGAAGACGGCCAGCGUAGACUUCCGGGCUUUGAACAUGCGGGUUAUUCAGGAAGUCGAAAAAUGGGAAGUCGGCAGAGGGCGGGUCGCGGGAAUCAACAAUUUCGGCUUCGGGGGUACGAACGCUCACGCGAUCGUCACACAGCAUCGGCCGUCGCUUGCCGCCACCAAGAACGAUAGCAGGAAGGUGAAAUAUUUUGUCAUGUCGUCAAGUUCGCCAAAGUCUCUCACUCUCACGCUAGAAGAUACCGCAAAACGUCUCGAGGACGACACGGAUCUGGACCGUCUAUUGUACACGGCGGCGUGCAGGAGGAGCCACCUCAAACACAAAUACAGGCGAGCCUUCGCCGUUUCAUCCGUAGUAGACCUCAAGGAGAAGCUCCAGGCUGCCGUCAGCAAAAAUACGACAAGCAUUUCGCUCACGGAUCCUAAGUUAGUGUUUGUCUUCUGCGGUAACGGCGUCACCUACCACGGCAUGGGCAAGCAGCUGCUUCGACACGAGCCGGUUUUCAGAGACAAAAUCCAGGAGAUUUCUCAACUCUACCGAAAAUUAAGCGAGCUGGACAUCCUGGACGCUCUCGAAAGCGAGAUUGAACCUAUUGAUUACAAUAGGUCAGAUAUGGUCCAGCCGCUUCUCUUUGCUCUACAGGUGGGCGUCUUCACUUUGCUCGAGCACUGGGGCGUCAAAGCCGACGCCGUGCUGGGGCACUCCGUCGGCGAGGUGGCGGCGGCUCACUGCUCCGGCCUCUUGUCCCUAGGGGACGCCCUCAAAGUCAUCCACUUCCGCAGCGUUCUACAGAGAGAAGCUGCCGGGGGGAAGAUGCUGGUGAUCAGCAAUAUGGCCGUAUCAGAGGUCAAAGCUCUUCUCCCUCAAUUUUCAGGGAAGGUUUGUCUCGCCGCUUAUAACAGCCCACAGUCCUGCACCCUCUCAGGGGACGCAGACGCCAUUGACAACCUUCAGGAACAACUAAGCCGCUCAGCUAACAGUGAGAACCUCUUCAUCCGCGCCCUAGAGGUCCCCGCUGCUUAUCACAGCCACAUGAUGGAUCCAAUCCUGCUAAAAAUCAGGGAGGCCAUUGGUUCCUUACAAGAGAACAAGUCCAGCGUGCAAUUGUUCUCAACCGUAACCGGCAAGGAGGCCGAGGCGGGGGAUUUCUGCUCAGGCGAUUAUUGGGCUAAAAACGUGCGAGACCCCGUCGCUUUCGAGCAAGCGGUCAGAGCGGCCGGCCGGGGGAAAAACAGCACGGUCUUUUUGGAAAUAGGUCCGAGACGAGCUCUCCAGAGAAACAUCGCGGAGACACUAGGCAACGACACCCCCGUCGUUGCCUCGCUGCAACCGGGCAAAGAUCACGAGACGCUCUCGUCCGUGGUUUCAAAGCUGUUUGAGCUCGGGGUCCACGUCGACUGGGAGACUUUUUAUUCCGGAUUUGAGUCACCGCCGCUGCAUUUCCCGAGAUACCAGUUUGACUCCUCGGAGAGAGACAUCAUCAUCAAAGGGUCUCAGAACAACACUAGGAGUGAACACCCUUUACUUUGCACCACAGGGAGCGAGAGCAACAUCUUCAGCUGCGACGUCACGUCCGACUCCGCCUUCUACUUGAAAGAACACAGGCACAACAAAGUGCCCAUCAUCCCCGGGGCUUUUUACGCCGAGUUGGGUUUAGCUGCAUUUAUGUCUUGCGCGAAACCAAAAGUCCCUCUCAACUCCCUGCAGCUCAGUGUCAGUUUCCACAGCCCGUUUGUAAUCACCCCAAAUCCUCUAGAAAUGAAGGUGCAAAUGGAUCAGAAAGAGAACGACACUAAUUUCACUGUGUUCUCCUCAUCUGCCAUGUACGCUUCAGGGACGGUCACGUUAAACAAAGAGCGACCGGUCGAAGAGCGGUGCAUUGACCUGAGCAGCAUUUACAAAAGAUGUGCAUCAGUAGUGACUUAUCAGGAAUUUUACGGUUAUCUUGCGCAAGGAGGCUUUCAAUAUGGAGAUGUCUUCACAAAUAAGGCAAACGUACACUACGGGGAAGAUUUGAAAGAAGCUUUUGCCUUGAUCACAGUUCCUCAGGCGCUACGAUCUCAGUUGCACGAGUACUGCAUUCAUCCGGUAGUGCUGGACUUCCUAAUGCAGCUUCUACCGGUCACAGUAGAGCACAGUUUUGCCGGCAGACCUGGAUUCCCCGCCAAGAUCGGGAGUUUGACCGUUUUAGAACCCUUGCAAGAGGAGAUGACCGUCUACUUGAGGGCGACCGAUGUCGGCGAAGACCACUACGAGGUUUGCGGAUGUUUUGCCGAUCGACGCGGUCGGAUCUUGGUUGAGGUUAAGCACGUGUUGAUCAAGCACCUCGGCAGUCGCUGUCACGUGGUCGAGGAGUACUUCUACCACAAUGAGUUCAGUGUCAUCCCGGAGGGGAUCACAAAUGAUCCACCUCCUAAGGCCUUAGUCUUUUCCGAUCAAAUUGGGAUCGCAGAAGCUCUGCAGCCACACUUAGACUCACAAUCCAAGUAUAUUCCGUUCAAACAUGCUGAGGAUAUCCUGGCCGGUGGUUUUCCAUCUCUCUUGGCAAACCUCAACCUUACAGACCUUAACAACUUUCAGGAAGUUUUGUUUUUGUGGGGCAAAGAAAACCUCACUUCCCUAACGCCCGAUGAAAUUCUUCAGAAUCUGGCCAAUUGCUGUGAAAUUUUCCGCCAGGUUGUCCUGGAGCUCAAACGAAUUCACUUCCCGAACUCCAUCCGAGCGGUAACCUACCAUUCGUCCGAGUUAACGGUCGAGCACGUAAAUCCGGGGUUUGCCAUGGUCGGCAUGACCAGGGCGCUUGAAGCAGAAAUAGCCGAACUUUCAUUCCAGUUAGUCGACAUCAACUCCGUCUGCGCUGAGGACAUUGCAACUCUUUCCAAGGUCCUGCGAGCUUAUCCCUGCAGCAAGUACCCAGAACUCGUAGUUAAAGACGGCGCAAUUCUAAAACCUUCCAUUACCCGUACCCCACCUGAACUCAAUAACAGUUUAGAUACAACUUUUGUGUCCGACACCUCUGAACCUUGCAUCUUUCAGACUGCGGAUGCUUUCAAAAUGAGUGGCUUGAGUGCCGUUCAGGUCCAUGCUGACGCAGAACAAAUGAGCGAUACGUCAGUUGAAAUUAAGCCCGCUAAGUUUUGCGUCCAUUCGUCAGAGUACUUCCCUGUGAGUGCUUCCCAUUUAAAAUUUGGCCAGACAUUAUACUGGAACCAACACUCCUCACAGAAUCACAAGCUACUCAUGCUGGACUUUAGUGGGAUCAUUACCAAAGUCGGAAAGGAUGUUAGGAAACUAAAAGUGGGAGAUACUGUGGCUUCCUGUUACCCUACAGUGGCGUCCGAUAGGAUCAGAGUCCCGAAGGAUGCGUGUUACACCACUAAACAAUUUCCCUUUCUUGAAACAACACCCUGUGUUUCCUACUUUGUGCUGGCAAGGGAAAUCCUGUACGGGGUUUUGCCAAAAGCAAAGAAUAAUCUCGGAAUCGUAUGCCCCAGUCCCGAUUCUGGUCUGGUGACGGUUUUGACGAUUGCCGCUCAAAAGUCAGGGUGGAAUGUUUUCGUCGGAGCGGAUGGCUCCUUUAAAGACGUCACUCAUUUGGACGCGUUGGUAGUCCUGCCUCCGUUUAAAAAAACUUUGAUUGCAGAAGUCUGCGACUUCCCUGGCGUCAAGAAUGUCGUCCUUCUCCGUGGAUCUCAAAUGCAACAUUUUCUCACCCAGGAUGACCUCCAAAGUGUAAAAGAAAGUGUCCACGUGCACACAGUUGACAUUCAAAGUAUUUUAACAAAAGGAUCUCUAUGUGCUCGAAGGCCACGUGUUUAUGACUGGCUUAAGUCCUUAAACCUGAACAAGAAGUUUUCCCUGGAGAGCUUUACCUAUCAAUGUAAGACGUCUGAGAAGAUCCAUAGCUUUCCCUCAGACAACUCAGAGUCUUACUUCCAUGCUAAGAAGCUAGCUGUCGUGGCACUAGCAAAAGGUCAAACCGCCAUGACGUCAAAUAUUCCACUUCUGUGCUCCAAAAAACAGCUUUUCCGAAAACGAUCGGUGUACAUCGUGACGGGCGGUCUGACCGGGCUGGGCUUUGAAACGGUCAAGUUCAUUUCUCAAAAGGGCGGCGAGGUUGUCGUCACGCUCUCCAGGAGUGAACCCUCGGCAGAAGUGCGGCAGGAGAUCCAAAACGUACAGAAUCAGUGCGGGAACAGCGUCGUUAGCAUGCAGUGUGACAUUAGCGUGGCGGAACAGGUGUACCGAGUUGUCCGCGACAUCCAGCUUAAGUUCAAAGGUUAUCCCAUCAGAGGGGUGUUUCACAGUGCGGUCGUUUUGCGCGACGCCCUGAUCGAGUCCCUUGACAGGUCCAGUUACGAGGAAGUUUUUAAGCCCAAAGUCAAUGGUGUGCUUAACUUGCACAAAGCAACACUAAGCUUCCAGUUAGAUUACUUUGUUUGCUACUCUUCCGUAUCCGCCUUUCUAGGAAACGCCUCACAAACAAACUAUGCGGCAGCAAACACAUUUCUAGACUUGUUCUGCCAGUACAGGCGCAAGCUAGGCCUGCCGGCGCAGUCCGUCAACUGGGGAGGCCUGAACCUCGGGCUCCUCCUGAACAAAGAGAAUUUCCAUCGCUUCCUGGAGGCCAAGGGGAUGAUGGUACUCAUGGUGGCCGAGAUCCACAAAAGUCUGGAACAAUGCUUGCUGCUAAAUCGAUCGCAACAAGCUAUCUGCCGCUUCCACUUUAGGAACAUCCGCUUUAACAUCCUCUCGCAAAACAUCUCCCUGACCAUGCGUCUUUCUGCUCUGGUGGAGCAAGCCCUUCAAAAGUCAAGAGAGUUGGCUUCUCAAAACAAAAACACCGAGGAGGUGCCGGCCAGAGAUUACGUGGUCUCGCUCCUUAGCAAAACCAUCGGCGUGGACGUCAACCAACUAAAAGACGACACGCCGCUGUCCUCGCUCGGUACAGACUCCAUGCAGGCCAUGACGCUGCAAAACCUCAUCUACCAGGACCGAGGUGUCAAUGUACCACUGGUAAAACUUUUGGAUCCCAAUGCCACGAUAACUACAGUGGUGGACAUUUUGGGUGAGGUAGGAACUAAGGACCCUCAAGUUCAGUCGACCGAUGAUCCCAGCACAAUUUCGACCAGAUUUUAAGCAACCUGGGUAUGAGAUAGAGUGCUUAACCUUCACUUAGGAAUGAGCAAAACCGUGCUCCAAUUCUUCUCAGGACUUCCAUUUCAAUGUGUUUAAUUUGAAUGUGGUGGACGAACCAGAAUUGCUGUAAAAAUGAAAUGUUUUUUUACAUUGAACACACAGUAACUUUGGCAUAUUGCAACACUCAAAGUAAGGAAACACAUUAACAACCUUACCGUGGUUGUAAUGGCUUCAAUAUUUCAUAAAUGAAAGCUAAUUUAUUUCUAGUCUGGAACUGGGUAUUUUUUAAUGUUCCUCAUCAAGAGUCUCCUGGCUGAUAAAUAUUUUCCUUACCAGCUCUUG